AUGGAGAUCAUCGAUCCCAAUGGAGAUCUUACCCUCGUCUUAGUCAAUGAAAAGGACGAUGACGUCGAUCCAUGGACCAUGCCCAAAAUCGCCCCGGAUUCUAAGAAGACUCAAUUCAAGGUCUCCUCAAAGCACCUCACUCUUUCUUCGCCAUACUUUUUGACGAGGCUGGGACAGAAUUGGUUUGAAGGCCAAGAGCUGGCCCAAAAUGGCGUCGUUGAGAUUGAAGUUGAUGGGUUCAACCGUCGGGCACUUCAUAUCAUUCUGGACAUCCUACAUUUACGCAAUGCUCAAGUUCCAAGGAACGUCGAUGGCAAACUCCUUAUACACCUCGCAAAGAUUGCCGACUAUUUCCAGUGCCAGCAGAGCAUCCAGAUGUUCGUGCAGAUCUGGUUUGAUUCGGGGCAGUGGCGAGAAUCAUACUCCGAGAAAUCCCCGGAAUUCAUGUUCCUCUGCAAUGUCUUUAAGAUGGGGGAGAGCUCCAAAACUGCAUCACGCGUGCCUGGAAGGAAACAGAGGGCCGAUUCAACCCCAGAAACGUUCCUAUCCCAAAGUCUGUUCUAG